AUGCCUGAGAUCGCCGAAGUCGCGCGAAUUGUGCACUAUAUCCGCAAACUGCUCGUCGGCAAAACCCUCGCCAAAGUCAGCGCGCAGGAUGACCCCAUCGUCUACGGCAAAGUCGGCACGUCCGCCGCCGAGUUCGAACAGCACAUGGCCGGCAAGACAGUCGUCGACGCCGGCCAGCAAGGCAAAUAUUUCUGGAUGAUCAUGUCGAGCCCGCCCCACCCGGUCAUGCACUUCGGCAUGACGGGCUGGAUCAACUUCAAGUCUGAACACACGUACUACUACGCGCCCAAGGCGGCCAAGAAGGGCGAACAGCCGUGGCCGCCCAAAUUUGUCAAGUUCAUGCUCGAGACAAAGCCCGAAAAGGGAGAGGACGUCGUCGAAGCGGCAUUCGUCGACAUGAGGAGACUUGCGCGUGUAAGGCUGGUCGAUUGUCCUGCCGCCGAGAUUCGACAGAACACGCCGCUGAAGGAGAACGGGCCGGAUCCUGUUAUUGACAAGGACGUUGUCACGGUGGCCUGGCUCCGGCAGAAGUGUGGGUCAAAAAAAGUCCCCAUCAAGGCCAUGCUCUUGGAUCAGGCCAAUAUCUCGGGCAUCGGCAAUUGGGUGGGUGACGAGGUGUUGUACAAUGCAAAGAUCCAUCCGGAGCAGUACGCGAACACGCUCAAGGACGAACAGAUCGAACGGCUGCACAGGGCCAUCCACUACAUCUGCGGCACGGCCGUGGAAUUGCUGGGCGACUCCGACAAGUUUCCCGAGGAUUGGCUUUUCAAGCACCGAUGGCAGAAGGGCAAGAAGAACGCUUCGAACGCGUUGCCCAGUGGUGAGAAGAUCGCGUUUCUGACGGUGGGUGGUCGCACCAGCGCCGUGGUUCCAUCGAUUCAGAAGAAAACGGGCCCGGUUGCGAAAGACGUGGAUGAAGCGGAGCUGAUCGGCGGGGAGGAUGAAAAGCCGAAGAAAGCACAGGGGAAGAAACGCAAGGCCGUGAAAGAAGAGGAAGAGGAUGACGAAGACGACGAGGAAGAGAAGCAGCCCAAGAAGCCGAAUAAGAGAGGCAAGGCCGUCAAGGCUGUCGAGGAGGACGAGGAGGAGCAGCAGCCUAAGAGGUCGAAAAGGGGCAAGAUCGUGAAGAAAGAAGAGACUGAGGACGGAGAAAUGGAUGAAGACGAAGAGGAGGAGGUGCGACCUCGCAAAACUACUGCUCGUGGCAAGGCGCAAGCGAGGAAAGAAGCAAAGCCGACGCCCAACGGGAAUCCAAAGCCACUCAAACCAACCAAAGCUGCUGCAAGGAUCGCAAAGGAGACGGUGGAAGAAAAGCCAGCCAAGGGUGGGAAGAAAGACGGGAAAUCUUCAGCAUCUGAUGGGACUCCGAACGGCGCCGGAAGAAGGCGGUCAGGUCGCCAAAGCAAGGCUUGA